UGAAUCUACCUUCAUCUCAUUUUGCAAACUCCUGGAUUUUUUCAUUUCGCCGGUUGAUAUGGUUGCUCGAACAGGAAUGUAGGUUGAUUCCUCUCGGCGGCGGCGACGACAUGGCUGAAGGGAGUGAUGCGAGGGCGUGGGAGGAGCUGAUCCCCGAUGCCCUGGGCCUCAUCUUCCGCAACCUCCCUCUCCAAGAGAUCCUCACCGUUAUUCCUAGGGUCUGCAAAUCGUGGUCGCGGGUAGUGUUGGGCCCCUACUGUUGGCAGGAAAUCGACAUCGACGAGUGGAGCCAGCACUGCAAGCCAGAGCAACUCGAUAAAAUGCUUCACAUGCUCAUAGAUCGCAGCUGUGGCUCCUUCCGCAGGCUCAGUGUUUCCGGCCUCCAUACCGAGUCCAUGUUCACCUUAAUUGCAUACCAUGCUGGUUCCCUUCAGAGGUUGGAGCUUCCAAGAAGUGAAAUGAACGAUGCCAUUGUCAAACUUGUUGCACCAAGAUUGUGCAAUUUGACUUACUUGGAUGUCAGCUACUGCUCAAAGAUAGGUGCUUGUGCGAUCGAAGCGUUUGGAUCUCUCUCUUUCCGAUCCCGAUCACUACGCCCUCAUCACUUCCGAUUCCUUCGUCAAGGUAAAAGCAUCGCACUCUCGGUUCCGGUUCCUGCUUUAAUCUCUUUUAGUCUUGAUUUUGAUCAUUUACUUGCAUUGAAAUCAUUAAACUAUUCGUGA